CAAUGUAAGUAAGGCUAUUAAAGAUCCCUCUAAAGAAAUUGAAUGUAGGCAAUAAUCUAAUGAACAGCUCACGUCCCUUACGCAUUCCUUUUCAGCAUCACCAUGAAAGCUCACUUGGUGAAAAGGGGUCUUUCCGCUUGUAAUGCCACCCCUAGUUCUCCCUCCUGUCCCCCGCCCAUAGCCUCCUGCCAGGCGCGGCUCUCAUGGCCACGUCUCAAAUCUUUUUGUGCACAAACUAACUUUCCGAAGACAGUAGAUGUCCGUUUGAAAACCGUAAAUGUGACAGUUACUUUUAAAGAUCUCCUUCAAUCUUUGCGGACUCCCUGCUACGCCAGAGUAGAGAAGGAGGUACUAGUGAGACAGACAGCGUUGAGGCUGAGGCUGCCUGCAAUACAUGUACUGUAGGAGGUAGCAGAGAAGACAGGAGGAAGCAAGUGGAGAGAACGGCUGCAAUGUUCAACAGAAAGUGGACCCAGACUGUACUUCUACUCUCCUUUAAGACGAAAAGCAUUACGCUAUUCCUAUACAGAAUGUACAUUCCCCCCGCCGUCUUACUCAAACUCUAUCACAGAGUCUCCAGCAUGCCGCGCUGCCGACUGACUCUACCAACUGUGGUGUUCCUGCUCCUCCUGCAGGGCGUGGCCUUGGUGCUGCUGUUUGGAUGGUACGUCCGGCUCCUCCCUUGCGGCAGCCCUACCUCGCAGGGCCAGGUCCACGUGUUGCUGCUGUCCUCUUGGCGCUCCGGGUCCUCCUUCUUGGGCCAGGCGUUCAGCCAGCACCCGUCUGUCUUCUACCUGAUGGAGCCUUCGUGGCACGUGUGGACCACCCUGCAGAUGCCUGGAGCCAGAGCCCUGCGCAUGGCCGUGAGGGACCUGAUGCGCAGCGUCUUCCAGUGUGACAUGUCCGUCAUGGACUCCUACACCCCGGCUCAGCGCAACAUGUCCGACCUCUUCAUGUGGAGCCACAGCCGCGCCCUGUGCUCGCCCCCUGCCUGCCCGCUCACCCCCCGCCACCUCUUCAGCAACGAGACGGUGUGCAAGCAGAAGUGUGACCAGCCCGGCCUGCGUGCGGUGGAGGAGGCCUGCCGGAGCUACAGUCACGUCGUGCUGAAGGAGGUGCGCUUCUUUGAGCUGGAGUCCCUGUACCCUCUUCUGCAGGACCCCGCCUUGGACCUGCGCAUCAUCCACCUGGUGAGAGACCCGCGGGCCGUGGCACGCUCCCGGGAGCAGUCAGCCAAAGCCCUGGUGAAGGACAACGCCCUGGUUCUGGAGCAAGGCAACACCCUGGUGGCUGACACACAGUAUCGCGUCAUGCAGGAGAUAUGUCGCAGCCACGUCCGCAUCCACGAGAGGGCCAUGCUCAAGCCCCCGGAUUUUCUACGCGGACGUUACAAGAUGGUGCGCUACGAGGACAUGGUGAAAGACCCACUGACGGAGAUUGAGCGCAUGUAUAGGUUUGUGGGUCUGGAGAUGACGGAGAUGCUACAGGGGUGGAUAUACAGGGUCACACACGGUAAGGGCAAGGGCACCAAGAAAGAGGCCUUCCAAAUAACCUCCCGCAAUGCCGCCGACGUCUCACAGGCUUGGCGCACUACGUUGUCCCAUGACAAGGUAAGGCGUAUACAGGAGGUGUGUAAGGGUGCCAUGUCUUUGCUGGGGUACAGAACAGUAGGCAGUGAGAAGGAGCAGAAGAAACUUGACCUGGACCUUCUGAAUCCCCGUGAGCGGUAUCACUUCAGCUGGCUGCCCUCCAAAACAGACAAUGCCAGCAAUUAGUAAAUACCAUCGUUUCAGAGGCCGAAUGGCUGGGCGCGAUAACAAUUCCAGUAAACCCAAAUAAGAGAGUGACAAUCAUCCAGGAGGGAAGAAAAGCUGGAGGACAAACUUUGUUUGGUGUUAACGAACAUCGAUCAUAUUGAUAUAGAUUGGCUUUAAUUAGAAGUGCCCCUCUGUAGUUAUUGGGACACUAAGCAUUUUUCCCAAUUCCUUGACCCUACAAUCUGAAAGUUUAUUUUUGAAGUCAAACAAUUACUCAGCUUUGAUUUUAGGGUAUUUGUGUAUACUUUAUUGCUGUUUUCUGUCAGCAGAAAUUAUGAGAUGCUCACCUAUUUCACUAGAAUUUGCUUGUUUCUGGUUUGUCACGCUUGUUCCAUUACAUAAUUUGUGCUGACAUAAGAGCGCUGCAAUAUCUAGUCUUGAUUCUGGGCAUGCGUUUGCCUUUGGAGUAUGCGAUUGUUUUCCGUCCACCUAAAGGUUAAAGAGGUGUCAAGUCAAGACAAGGUUUUCCCACUUACAAAGCAUGUAGAAGUCUGUAAUUUUUUAUCAUAGGUACUCUUCAACUGUGAG